GCCGCGGUCUUCCCGAGCGGCAUCGUGUGCCCGAGGCUCCGCCAGCUGAAGAAAGAUACCAACAGAGACUUGCAGCAUUGCUAAACCACAAGGAAUUCCCUCCUAAUCUGUCCCAGUGUCUCUGUUCUGCUCUCUGUCUUCAGGUUCAUGAUGGUGGUGUUCACUUUCCUUGCUGCAUUGAUGCUCGCUACAGCACAUUCACAGGAAGUAGAUGAAACCAUCACAUACACGCAAUGCACUGAUGGUUACGAAUGGGACCCCGUCAUGCAGCGGUGCAAAGAUAUCGACGAAUGUGAAAUUGUGGUGGACGCCUGUAAAGGUGGGAUGAAAUGCGUGAACCACUUUGGCGGAUACCUCUGUCUGCCCAAAACAGCUCAUAUCAUUGUCAAUAACGGUGAAGCCGAAACACCACCUGAAACUGCUGGUGGACGAAAUGGUAAUCCCAUCAUUCGCCGGACCCCUGCAGAGUACGUGCCAGGACAGAUACAAUGUGCAGCUGGGUAUGAGGCGAGCCAUCACAACGUGUGUCAGGACAUUGAUGAGUGUGCAGCAGGCACACACACCUGUAGGUCAGAUCAGAUAUGCGUCAACUUAAGAGGAUCAUUCACCUGCCAAUGUCCAGCCGGAUAUCAGAAGCGAGGAGACCAGUGUAUCGACGUAGAUGACUGCAUGAUCCCUCCGUUUUGCCAUCAUCGGUGCGUCAACGCUCCUGGCUCCUACUACUGCCAGUGCAACGCCGGUUUUCAGUUAACAGCCGACAACCACACCUGCGCAGACAUCAACGAAUGUGAGACCAGCAACCCGUGUGCACAGCUGUGCUACAACGUUGUGGGUUCCUUCCUGUGCCAAUGCAAUCAAGGCUUUGAGCUAAGCCCAGACAGAAUCAGCUGUGAUGAUGUUGAUGAAUGCAGAACUUCUAACUUCAUGUGUCAAUAUCAAUGUGUCAAUGAACCAGGGAGGUUUUCUUGCAUGUGCCCGGAUGGAUAUCAGUUAGUCAGGGGAAGAAAUUGUCAAGAUAUAAACGAAUGUGAACUUGGUAAUGAAUGCCGGGAAGAUGAAAUGUGCUCAAAUUACAACGGCGGCUAUCGUUGUUAUCCGAGGAACCCUUGUCAAGAACCGUACGUGCUGGCGUCUGAAAAUCGCUGUGUUUGCCCAGUGUCCAACCCCCUUUGUCGAGAUCUGCCAUACUCCAUUGUCCAUAAAUAUAUGAGCAUCCGCUCAGAGAGAACCGUGCCGUCUGAUAUCUUCCAAAUCCAGGCAACCACAAUUUUCCCCAAUACAAUUAACACGUUCCGGAUUAAAUCUGGAAAUGAAAACGGAGACUUCUUUCUGAGACAAACCACCCCUGUGACAGCAAUGCUUGUGCUGGUGAAGCCAUUAACAGGGCCACGGGAACAUAUCAUCGACCUGGAGCUGCUCACGGUCAACAAUAUGAAUUAUCGAUCGAGUUCAGUGCUUAGGUUAACACUAAUUGUAGGGCCGUAUUCGUUUUAGGCGCCACAGUUUGAAUCAUUUGCAAGCACCCAGAGCAGCCAAAGAAAUAUCCUCUUAAAUGAAGCACUUACGACUUUAUUUAUAGAUUUUACAUGGUGUGUUUGUUUUUUAAAGGAAAGGAAAAAAAAAUCUCUAUUAAGGAAAUUAGUACUUGUAGCCAUGCUGUUACGCUUAUACUUCAGAAGUAGUGUAUUUGUUCUGCAAUAUAACCCGGGCAUUGCCACUUUCUGUAUAAAGCCUGCGUUUCUCCCUUUCCUUACAAUACCUGUAUUAGUUGUCCAACUACAGAACUGUAGCUCUAUUCCCAUUAAAAGCAUGGGAACACUCUGAAGUCCAGCCCUAGAUCAUGAUUGUCACAAGUUGAGAAUGGAGCUCUGAAUGCGUACGGCUGUAUAUACAGAGGCUCUGUGCACCCUGUUGGGAACCCUGAUCAGGAAGGAUUUUCAUUCAUGUGGAAGAGUUUGCACCACCCUUCCCCAAACUUGUGCCUUCUAACUGUGUUGGAUCACAAUUCUCAUCACAAUGAGAGUUGUGGUCCA